AUGGUAGAGGAUGAAGUGAUAAUGGUGGCGGCAAUGAUGGUGGUGGUGGAGGUGGCGACUAGGGAUGAAACCACCACCACCACCACCAUCACCACCUCCACUAUCGUCGCCAUCACCAUGACCACGCCACCACUACCACCAUCCACCAUCACAUUUGCCUCCAUCGUCGUUGCUACCACCACAAACACUUCCGCCCUCCACCAUCACCAAUGUCACCUCUGCCUCACCGUCGUUGCUACCAACACCGCUGCCACCACUAUUACCGUCGCCUUCACCACCACUGCCGCUGUCAGCACCACAACCACACCACCACCAACCUCAUCCAGCACAACAUUUUAA